AGAGCGCCUGGGCCAGCCCCCGAGCCGGCCGGGCGGGCGGGCGCGCGCCAGCAGACGCCGGGCACUGUCACCGCGGUUGCGCCGCGCGCACCAACCGGGGAGGCGGACAUCUGGGGACCGCCAGGCUCCGCCCGCGCCCCUUGCCCAGCCGGGGUCCUCGGCUCGUGCUCACGGGUAGCAGCCACCGGGGCGGAGAGAGAUGUCGCCCAGGGCCAGCCGCGGUCCCCGGGGAAGCCGGGUGCAGCCGAUCGCACCGGUCUGCUGCGCUGCGGCCGCGCUGGGGAUGCUGCUGUGGUCCCCCGCCUCGCAGGCGUUCAACCUGGACGUGGAGAAGCUCACGGUGUACAGCGGCCCCGAGGGCAGCUACUUCGGCUACGCGGUGGACUUCUACAUACCCGACGCCCGCACAGCGAGUGUCUUGGUGGGGGCACCCAAAGCCAAUACCAGCCAGCCCAAUAUCGUGGAAGGAGGAGCCGUCUAUUACUGUCCUUGGCCCGCGGAGGGGUCUGCACAGUGCAGGCAGAUACCGUUUGACACCACCAACAACAGAAAGAUCAGAGUUAAUGGAACCAAAGAACCUAUCGAGUUUAAAUCGAAUCAGUGGUUUGGAGCAACAGUGAAAGCUCACAAAGGAAAAGUGGUGGCCUGCGCUCCUUUGUAUCACUGGAGAACUCUUAAACCAACACCAGAAAAGGAUCCAGUUGGCACCUGCUAUGUAGCAAUUCAGAACUUCAGCGCCUACGCCGAGUUCUCUCCUUGCCGGAACAGCAAUGCUGAUCCGGAAGGCCAGGGUUACUGCCAAGCAGGAUUUAGUCUGGAUUUUUACAAGAAUGGAGACCUUAUCGUAGGGGGACCGGGGAGUUUCUACUGGCAAGGUCAAGUCAUCACUGCCAGUGUUGCAGAUAUCAUUGCAAAUUACUCAUUCAAGGAUAUCCUCAGGAAACUGGCAGGAGAAAAGCAGACGGAAGUGGCUCCAGCUUCCUAUGAUGACAGCUACCUUGGAUAUUCAGUUGCUGCUGGGGAGUUUACUGGGGAUUCUCAGCAAGAAUUGGUUGCUGGAGUUCCAAGAGGAGCACAGAAUUUUGGAUAUGUCUCAAUCAUUAACUCUACAGAUAUGACCUUUAUUCAGAAUUUCACUGGCGAACAGAUGGCAUCUUAUUUUGGAUAUACCGUGGUCAUAUCAGAUGUAAACAGCGAUGGACUGGAUGACAUCCUGGUUGGGGCACCUCUCUUUAUGGAACGUGAAUUUGAGAGUAACCCCAGAGAAGUAGGGCAAAUCUACCUGUAUUUGCAAGUGAGCUCUCUCCUCUUCAGAGACCCCCAGAUUCUCACUGGCACAGAGACUUUUGGGAGAUUCGGUAGUGCUAUGGCGCAUUUAGGAGACCUGAACCAAGACGGAUACAAUGACAUUGCCGUUGGCGUGCCCUUUGCAGGCAAGGAUCAAAGAGGCGAAGUGCUCAUUUAUAACGGGAACAAGGGCGGCUUAAACACCAAGCCCUCCCAAGUGCUGCAAGGAGUGUGGACCUCACAGGCUGUCCCUUCUGGAUUUGGCUUUACUUUAAGAGGAGAUUCAGACAUAGACAAGAAUGAUUACCCAGAUUUGAUUGUGGGUGCAUUUGGAACAGGAAAAGUCGCUGUGUACAGAGCAAGACCGGUUGUGACAGUAGAUGCCCAGCUUCUGCUGAACCCAGUGAUUAUCAAUCUUGAAAAUAAAACUUGCCAAAUUCCGGACUCUAUGACCUCCGCAGCCUGCUUUUCUUUGAGAGUAUGUGCAUCUGUCAGAGGCCAGAGCAUUUCGAACACAAUAGUCUUGAUGGCAGAGGUGCAACUAGAUUCCCUGAAACAGAAAGGGGCCAUUAAACGGACGCUCUUUCUUGAUAACCAUCAGGCUCAUCACGUCUUCCCUCUUGUGAUAAAACAGCAGAAAUCCCACCAGUGCCAGGAUUACAUCGUUUACCUUCGAGAUGAAACUGAAUUCCGAGAUAAAUUAUCUCCAAUCAACAUUAGUUUGAAUUACAGUUUGGAUGAAUCCACCUUUACAGAAGGCCUGGAAGUGAAACCAAUACUUAACUACUAUAGAGAAAACGUUGUUAGUGAACAGGCUCACAUUCUGGUGGACUGUGGAGAAGACAAUCUGUGUGUUCCUGACUUGAAGCUGUCAGCUAGACCAGAUAAGCAUCAGGUAAUCAUUGGAGAUGAAAAUCACCUGAUGCUCAUAAUAAAUGCAAGAAAUGAAGGGGAAGGAGCCUAUGAAGCUGAGCUCUUUGUGAUGAUACCAGAAGAGGCAGAUUAUGUUGGGAUAGAACGCAACAACAAGGGAUUUCGACCACUGAGCUGUGAGUACAAGAUGGAAAAUGUAACCAGGAUGGUGGUGUGUGACCUUGGGAACCCUAUGGCGUCUGGAACAAAUUAUUCUCUGGGCCUCCGAUUUGCAGUUCCACGUCUUGAGAAAACAAACAUGAGCAUUAACUUCGAUCUCCAAAUCAGAAGUUCCAACAAGGACAAUCCAGACAGCAAUUCCGUGAGCCUACAAAUCAACAUCACUGCUGUGGCGCAGGUGGAAAUAAGAGGAGUGUCACACCCUCCGCAGAUUGUUCUGCCCAUUCACAACUGGGAACCAGAAGAACAACCCCGCAAAGAGGAGGAGGUUGGACCAUUGGUGGAACAUAUUUAUGAGCUGCACAAUAUUGGACCAAGUACGAUCAGUGACACCAUCCUGGAGGUGGGCUGGCCUUUCUCUGCCCGGGAUGAAUUUCUUCUCUAUAUUUUCUAUAUUCAAACUCUGGGACCUCUGCAGUGUCAAACAAAUCCUGAUAUCAAUCCACAGGAUCUAAAGCCUGCUGCCUCCCCAGAGGACACCCGUGAGCUCAGUGCCUUUUUGCGAAACUCUACCAUUCCUCAUCUUGUCAGGAAGAGGGAUGUGCCUGUGGUUGAAUUCCACAGACAAAGCCCUGCAAAAAUACUGAACUGUACAAAUAUCGAGUGUUUACAAAUCUCCUGUGCAGUGGGACGACUCGAGGGAGGAGAAAGUGCAGUCCUGAAAGUCAGGUCACGAUUAUGGGCCCACACGUUCCUCCAGAGAAAAAAUGAUCCCUAUGCUCUUGCAUCCCUGGUGUCCUUUGAAGUUAAGAAGAUGCCUUAUAAAGAUCAGCCAGCAAAACUCCCAGAAGGAAGCAUGGCAAUUAAGACAUCAAUUAUUUGGGCAACCCCGAAUGUUUCCUUCUCAAUCCCAUUAUGGGUAAUAAUACUAGCAAUACUUCUUGGAUUAUUGGUUCUGGCCAUUUUAACCUUAGCUUUGUGGAAGUGUGGAUUCUUUGACAGAGCCAGACCUCCUCAGGAGGACAUGACCGACAAGCAACAGCUGACAAAUGACAAGACCUCUGAGGCAUGACAAG